GGGAAUCGCUAUGUUUAUGCAGUGUGCAAUUGCAUUUGACGAUAACUCACGCAGAUAACUGUUGUGAUCAGACACUCAGCACGGAAACAGCCAUUGUUGCUCGAUCUCAAAGUUGAAACGAUGGGUCAUCACGGUGAUAAAGGUCGACCCAGCAAAAAGUUCAAGUUUUCCUCGAAGGAGGAAUUUAGGUCUGCUGAAACAGAUGAUUCGUAUUAUCCAGAUGAAAUCAAUGAUGAUCCUCGUGAUGGAGAGGGUGAAGGGAAGAAAAGAGAUUUCACGAAACUUGAACUCAAACUUGAUCACGGUAAUCGCCCUUUGUGGGCUUGUGCUGAUGGUAGGAUUUUCCUCGAAACAUUCUCAGCAUUAUACAAACAGGCAUAUGACUUUCUCAUAGCCAUUGCUGAACCUGUUUGCAGGCCGGAGUCUAUGCAUGAGUACAAUUUGACACCUCACUCUUUGUAUGCGGCUGUGUCCGUUGGUUUGGAGACUGAAACUAUAAUAUCUGUUUUAAGCAAAUUGUCAAAAACUAAGCUUCCGAAAGAGAUGAUUGAUUUUAUACAUGCUUCUACUGCCAACUAUGGCAAAGUGAAGCUCGUGCUUAAGAAGAACCGGUAUUUUAUUGAAUCUCCAUUUCCUGAGGUACUGAAAACGUUGCUUCGAGAUGAAGUUAUAGGUCGGUCUAGACUUAUGUCUGCGGGAGUUCAUGGAAGUGAUGGAUUUACUGUCAGCAAGUCUGCGGGUGAAAUAGAAGGUAGACAUGAUGAGUUGUUAAAUGAAGCAGAGCUGGCAGCAGCAGCUGAAGAGAAAGAAACUCAUUCAUUUGAAAUUGAUCCUUCUCAGGUUGAAAAUGUGAAGCAACGUUGCUUGCCAAAUGCCUUGAAUUAUCCCAUGUUAGAGGAAUAUGACUUUAGAAAUGAUACGGUCAAUCCUGAUCUUGAUAUGGAAUUGAAACCUCAUGCACAACCACGACCUUAUCAAGAAAAGAGUCUCAGUAAGAUGUUUGGAAAUGGUAGAGCUAGAUCAGGUAUCAUUGUUUUGCCUUGUGGUGCUGGGAAGUCUUUAGUCGGAGUGUCUGCAGCAUCCAGAAUUAAAAAAAGCUGUCUUUGUUUAGCAACUAAUGCUGUCUCUGUGGAUCAAUGGGCUUUCCAGUUCAAGUUAUGGUCAACUAUUCGAGAAGAACAGAUAUGCCGUUUCACAUCUGAUAGCAAAGAAAGAUUCCGUGGUAAUGCUGGUGUUGUGGUGACCACAUAUAACAUGGUUGCUUUUGGUGGAAAACGUUCUGAAGAAUCUGAGAAGAUCAUUGAAGAAAUAAGAAACAGAGAGUGGGGUUUGCUUCUUAUGGACGAGGUCCACGUGGUUCCAGCACACAUGUUUCGAAAGGUUAUCAGCAUUACUAAAUCUCACUGCAAACUUGGACUCACUGCAACACUUGUCAGAGAGGAUGAAAGAAUCACAGAUCUCAACUUUCUUAUUGGCCCCAAGUUGUACGAGGCAAAUUGGUUGGACUUAGUGAAGGGAGGAUUUAUUGCGAAUGUGCAGUGUGCUGAGGUUUGGUGUCCAAUGACAAAGGAAUUUUUUGCUGAAUAUUUGAAGAAGGAGAACUCUAAGAAGAAGCAGGCACUUUAUGUGAUGAAUCCAAACAAAUUCAGGGCCUGUGAGUUUCUUAUCCGGUUCCAUGAACAACAGCGUGGGGAUAAGAUAAUUGUUUUUGCUGACAAUCUAUUUGCUCUCACCGAAUAUGCAAUGAAGCUUCGGAAACCUAUGAUCUAUGGUGCUACAAGCCAUAUAGAAAGAACAAAAAUUCUUGAGGCAUUUAAAACUAGCAAGGAUGUGAACACCAUAUUCCUUUCUAAGGUCGGUGAUAAUUCUAUAGAUAUUCCUGAAGCAAAUGUUAUAAUACAAAUUUCAUCUCAUGCUGGUUCGAGACGACAGGAAGCACAACGUCUUGGGCGUAUUCUUAGGGCAAAGGGACGUCUUCAAGACAGGAUGGCGGGAGGUAAAGAGGAGUAUAAUGCUUUCUUUUACUCUCUUGUAUCAACAGAUACUCAUGAGAUGUAUUACUCAACUAAAAGACAACAAUUCUUGAUUGAUCAAGGUUAUAGCUUCAAGGUCAUCACAAGCUUGCCACCUUCUGAUUCAGGACCUGAAUUGAAUUACCAUCGUCUUGAUGACCAACUUUCGCUUCUUGGAAAAGUACUAAGUGCUGGUGACGAUGCUGUUGGUUUGGAGCAACUGGAAGAAGAUACAGAUGAUAUAGCCCUUCAGAGAGCCCGUCGCACCAUGGGAUCUAUGAGCGCAAUGUCAGGAGCACACGGGAUGGUUUAUAUGGAAUACCAUAAUGGAAAGAGGGUGAUGCAAAAGAGCAAACCAAAAGAUCCAGCCAAGAGACACCAUUUAUUCAAGAAGCGUUUUGGCUGAGUUGAGUGUAUCCAAGAACUUGCAUCAUUUAAUUUUUUAGCAUAUUGAUUUCCUGUUUUUGUGUGAUUGAGUGAAUAUAAAUGCUUCCCUUAUACAAGUGCAAAAAUGAGAGCACUUGGAAAUGGCAAGCAAAAUAAGAAUCACUGUUUCAACAAUUUGACUUGAAUCAAAAGUUAUUUACAGAACUAACAGUA